AUGACCUCGCCCGAUCUUUUGUUUCUACAGUCCAAUGGUAUAUUCCACGGGUUGCCUGUGUAUCCGAAAGAUGUGACAAAUCUCACUGCAAUUGUCACUGGAGCCACGGGCAUUUCGGGAUAUCACAUGCUGAAAGUCCUCUGCGCUGCUCCUGAGCGAUGGUCAAAAAUCUACACACUUUCGCGCCGGCCUCCUCCGGACUACUUCUUCAAGGAGUUGGGAGAUGGUGCAGACCGCAUUCAGCAUGUUGAGGCUGACUUCUUGGCAGAUCCAGAAAUACUAGCCAAGACAUUGAAAGACACAGUCGACAAAGUAGAUCAUGUUUUCUUCUUUUCCUACAUGCAGCCCGCUCAAAAAGGCGGUGUCUUGGGAAUGUGGUCCGAAGCGGAUGAAUUAGCCAAGGUUAACGGAAACCUGAUCGCGAACUUCCUCGAGGCUUUGAAGUUAGCCAACUUGGCCCCAAAGAGGUUUCUCUUGCAGACUGGAGCCAAACACUAUGGCUUUCAUAUCGGCCCAGCAACAAAUCCCUCUUUCGAGAGCGAUCCCCGGAUUUUGCUCGAGAACAACUUCUACUACCCUCAAGAAGACCAUUUAGCCAAGUACUGUUUAGAUACUGGAGCGCAAUGGAACGUUGUACGACCGUCUUACAUCAUAGGGGCUGUGCGAGAUAAUCUUCUCAACCACAUGGUCGGCAUUGGCGUAUAUGCUGCAGUUCAAGCCAAGCUCAACCAGCCUGUGAAAUUCCCCGGAGAUUAUAUAGCAUGGGAUAGAGAGUUCUGCCAGAGCACCGCAAUUCUGAAUGCAUAUCUUGAAGAAUGGGCGGUCCUGAACCCGAACGCUGGUAAUGAAGCGUUCAAUGCUCAGGACGGACUACCUUUCACGUGGGGUCGACUGUGGCCUUAUCUCGGUACAUGGUAUGGAACAUCUUGGACAGCUCCCGAGAACGAUCCUUCCAAGUACAGAGUCUCUGAGUCAAGAUGGAAGGAAACUCCAAGAGGCUACGGCCCACAAGGAGUAACCCAGACUUCUUUCAGCUUGCUUGAAUGGUCUGAGGACUCGAAGGUACAGGGAGCGUGGAAAGAGCUUGCCGAGAAACAUGGUUUGCUUUUGGACCCUUUCAAGGAUGCCGCACGGCGAGCACAGAUUUUCGCCAUGAGUGACUCUGCAAUUAUCGGAGGGUGGGCUCUCUCACUCAGCAUGCGAAAGGCUAGGAAAAUGGGUUUCCAUGGCAGCGUCGACUCUUAUGAGUCAGCUUUCCAUACACUAAGAGAUCUGUCAAAGCUCAAGGUGUUACCGCCUCUAGCCGUAACAGAAUAUGUCGAGUGA